UAAUAAUGAGAUCCACAAAAAAACAUGCGACUACGCAUUCAGAUAAUCCCUUCAAAUUAUCAGUUGGAUAAAUUAUUGCUUAGAAAUUCAAAUUAAUAGAUAAAGUUGGAUAAGGGAGUUUUGGUAUGAUAUUUAAGACAGAGAAUUUGGAGACUGGAGAUAUAUUUGCAACUAAAUUCGAGAAGAGGGAUGAGAAUUCCAAUGGGGUGAGUUUGUUAGUGAAAGAAAUAAAGGUUUUGAUUGAGGUUUAAGAAUUUGAAGGUAAUAAACUAAUCGAUAAAGGUUUUCCUUAGAUCGUCUUUUAUGGGAGGGAUGAACAUUACAAUUACUUUAUGCAAACCUACUUAGGUUAGAAUUUGGAGCAUCUUUUCAAGAAGAGUAAUUAUAAAUUUAGCAUGACGACUGUGUGCAGAAUAGGAAUUAGUUUGAUUGAUAGAUUGAAAUUAUUGCAUUCAAAGAACUUGAUUCACAGAGAUUUAAAGCCAGACAAUGUGUGUAUAGGUUAUGAGGAUGUAGACAAAAUCUAUUUGAUUGAUUUUGGAUUGGCUAAGUAUUAUAGAGAGUAAAAUGGGAAUCAUAUACCAUAGGUAGAUAAAAAGGGAAUCAUAGGGACAGCCAGAUAUGCUAGUUUGACAGCUCAUUUAUGUAUGAUGUUAUAUGUGUAUGAAAUUAAAGCUAAGGAAUAAUCGCGUAGGGAUGAUAUCGAGAGUUUGGGAUACGUAUUAGUCUAUUUAGCCAAAGGGAAAUUACCAUGGAUGAAUUUGAAUACAACCACAAAGUCUGAGAAGUAUUAGAAAAUUAAGGAGUUUAAAUAACAAUUGACCUUGGAAAAGCUUUGCGAAGGAUUGCCAAAAGUUUAACCUAAUUAUCAUCAUUUAAGUGUUUCUUGAAUUUAUUCAUCUAUGCCCGCGGACUUGACUUUUAGGGUGAACCUGAUUAUGAAUUCCUGAAAGAACUGUUCUAAAAAUAAUUGCAAUAAGAAACCUAUUCAUAAUAAGGCUAGACUACAUUGGAAUACGAAUGGGAGAGAUUUCCAGAGAUCAAGAAACGUAAGUCUAGAUUAUGGACAAAUUAACAAAAAUAAAAAAUAGGUACCAUUCCUAAUAUUUAGAAAAACCAGUUCAAAUAGGGGUAGAUUCUGAUCCUCGAAAGAGUAGUGAGGAUAAGGGUUAAGAACACAAGGGUAGUUCAUUCUUGAAUUUACCAUUGAAGGACUAACCACUUGAUUCUUUAUCACCGGAUAUCAAAAAUAAAUAAAGCAGAGUAUCAAUAGAUCUAAUAAUUAGAACAUUAGUUAGAAUAUUUCGAGUUUCGGAACUAGUCAAAUUAAUAAUUAUUAAAUAAGUUAGAUUGAUAAAUUCAAGAGAUUCCCUACUGAAAGGAAGGACUAAAGGAAUAAUACAGUAGAUACUUAAAAGAGAGAGAGAGAGACAAGUCCAAAUUAGAAGAUCUUUAUUAAAUAAACAACAAAUAAAACAGAGAGAAAAAUGGCAUUUUUUGAAAUUGAUAAUGAUUAUAGAGAUUUUGAUCAUAUUGAUUAGAUUGCCAGUGAAGAAGUUAAAAUUGUGUUUUCCAACUUUAUUCCUAAUCUGGGGCGCCGUAAAUCUGCAUUAGAUCUCUGA